AUGGCGAAUAUCGGAAUUAUUUUAGGUGCUGCAUUGUUCGCAAUCUUAGCCGAUGGUGAAGAAAGUGCAUUGUAUCCUCGUCUACAUUCCGUUCCUAAAGCGUAUGGUAUCAGUGGACUGAUCUUUGGCCUUGCAAGUUCGAUUUUUAUGUUUUUAUCAGGACUUUUUGUCAAAGAAAGAUGCGCUGAGAACAAUAAGUCAACGAAAUCUGUAUUUCAAACACUCAAAGAAUUGUUUACUAUCAAGGAAUUCGUCAAUUCUACUUGCUGGUAUAUUCUUUCGAUGGUUGGAUUCGAUAUUAUUAUGUUGGUCUUUAUGUUCUACGUUAAUGAUGCAUUAAAAUUCGGUGGUGGUACAAUGGCAAUGAUUUUUGUCGCUAUUCCGUUGAUUAGUGCUAUUGUUUCUGCUGCAUUUUGGGUAUGGCUAUCUGAAAAGUUGUCUAAAUCAACAACCUUCAUCAUAUCUGCCGUAUACAUGUUUGUUGUAUUAUUCUUUGCUAUAUUCUUACCAGAGAAAACUGUUUGGUCGAUUGUAUUAUUGACAAUUUUUGCUGGAUUAGGUCUAAGUGCAAUUCAAAUUCUCCCUUACGCAGCUCUCCCUGAUGUAGUUGAGAUCGACGAAUACAAGUUUGGUGAAAGAAGAGAGGGUAUAUACUAUGGUAUAAUUUUGUUUAUGUAUAAGGUUUGUAGCGGCGUGACGAUUUCUAUCGUUUCCGCAGUUCUUGGUGCUUUUGGUUAUAAGGAAAGCAAUAACGGCCAACAAGUGGAACAAACGAAGAAAGCUUUGAUGGCUGUUAGAAUUGUUAUGGGUUUGGUUCCUGGCGUUUUUUAUUUAUUCGCAAUUAUUCCUUCAUUGCGCGGAAGAAUUUCAAGAGAAGAAUUUGCAAAGAUCAAACAACAACUAGAAGAAAAGCAUGCUAAUCAGAAUGCUCUUCAUGAAUCAAGUUCUAACUCUGAAAAUUCAAAUGGCGAUAAGGCAGAGAAUAACAAUACAACUCCUUAA